AGUUUAUGCUUCAUGGGGACAUAUUUUAGCGCAACACCAGGCGACUAAGCUCAAACAAGUCUGUAGGAUGGUUCUGCAUCCAAUGAGGCAACAAGUACUGAGGCACAGCUGUGGAGUCUGGGCCAGGCUGCUCCAGAGCAGAGGCUGUGUGUAUUCCAGUGCCCAUGGCUUCAACCAGGACGAGAUCAGAGAGAAACUGCAGGCGUUUCCUGGAGGCUCCAUCGAUCUGCUCAAACAGGAGUCAGGUGUCGCUGUGCUUACCAUCAACAACCCCUCCCGGAUGAAUGCCUUCUCUGGCAGUAUGAUGGUGGAUCUGGAGGAGAGAGUGAGUCAGCUGGAGUGCUGGACAGACGGUAAAGGCCUCAUUGUUCAGGGUGCUGCAGGAACUUUCUGCUCAGGAUCGGACCUCAAUGCUGUUAGAGCGAUUUCUAACCCACAGGAUGGGAUGAAGAUGUGUAUGUUCAUGCAGAAUACUCUAACAAGACUUCUCAGGCUGCCUCUGAUCUCUGUUGCCGUGGUGGAGGGGAGAGCGCUGGGAGGGGGUGCAGAACUCCUCACUGCUUGUGAUUUCAGGUUAGUAGCACCUGGCAGUGUGAUCCAGUUUGUCCAUAAACAUAUGGGUCUUGUCCCAGGCUGGGGUGGCGCUGCUCGACUCGUCCGUGUUGUAGGAAGUCAGCAUGCACUAAAGCUGCUUGCUGGCACUCUAAAAGUCGAUCCAGACCUUGGCCUGCAGAUCGGACUGGCAGAUGGAGUCUUAGCAUCAGAAGAGGCUGGGACUCCCCUGCAUCAGGCUGAAAACUGGCUCAGCCGUUACACGAAAGGACCUGCCCCGGUGAUCCGAGCUGUGAAGAAGGUGGUGCUGUCAGGACGAGAGCUCCCUCUGUCUGAUGCUCUGAGGACUGAAAAGGAUGUGUUUGGGACAGUUUGGGGUGGGCCUGCGAACUUGCAGGCUCUGGCCAGCAAGUCCAAACAUAAAUGAACAGCUGUGUGUAAUUUUCUAGGAACUUUUUUGUUUGGCUGUGAUGUUCAGCGGAGACAUUUUUGGGCCAGUUAAAUGUUGAAGAGACUCACUAUGGCUGAAAAAAAUACACUUCAAUUUUGCUCUGCUGUGAUAAACAGAUUUACAAGGACUUUUUGUAUACUUGCGUGAAUGUUGUGUCUAAAAUGUGUCCUUGAUGAUAAAGGGUUUCCUUGGUUAAGGACUAUGAACCUCAUAAACACUGAUACUGAGCAAGCAUCAUUAAUGGUUUAUUUUCAAGUACACAGAACUGUGCUGUCUUUUGUUUUACUACUUGAAUGGUUUCCUCUCUUUGCUAUAUUCAUGUGAUGCCAUCAUGCCUGUCGGUCACAGGAGUAGGAGCAGAGUUACAUAUAUACACAACAGUGAUGAUAACAAAGACAUGCUGUUAGUGAUAUUUUAGGGAGACAACUGAAUUAGAACCACAAAUAAAAGCUGAUGUUUAUGACAGUAUCAGCUAUGAAGUACUGUCAAGUUUGACCUGACACAUGCUGUCAUUAUAGACUAAAACUGGACUUGAAGACUUUGUAUAAAUUUAACCUGUCCUUUAAAGUGUAUCUGUUCUCAACAUUAUCUAUCUUUAUGAUCACAUGGCUUAUUCAGACUGUUUUUUUUUUUUUUUUUACUGUAAAGAGGCCAUCUCAAUUUUCGAAAUCCCUCCUGUCCCUGUCAGCCAAACAGCAUGCCUUUCCUCUAGGUCUCCUGAAAAUAUGAUUAUGGUAAUAGUCACAUCAUGCCAUGUUAGGUCUAACCGAGGCAGACGGAGAACAGCAGCACACAGAAAGAUACUGAUGAGGUUUAACAAGCAGGAGGAAGCAUCAGUAUCUGCCUGCAGGAUUCACAGUAUUUGGUUAACUUUGUUUCGUUUUAAGUAGGUUCAGCUGAGGCUUCAUUUACUCCUGUGCCCAUAGCCUUGAUUAUCCUGGCUCUCUUUGUUUCCACCCUGUUUUCAGAACAUCAUUUAGCUGUUCUCAGUGCUCUGCAAGGCUGACAGAGCCAACUUCAACAGUGAAUAAAAAUCAGUUUUCUGAAAAAAAAAAAAAAUUGGCACAAAUUAGUAGCUCAUUUUCAUUUCAUGUUAAAAAAACAUCUUGAUAGCAAAUUAUACUGCAGAGCAGAAACGAGCUCAGACUGAAAUGACAAGAACGGGACAUAUCCCUGGAGGACAGCAGGCUUUUAUCUGCUGUUCCCCUUCUAGAGGUCAUGUUUCCUGGCCAGACACCCAGCUGGAGAGCUGAGGGCUGCUGUGCUCAGAAUAUCAAACACCUACAAGGUGAGUGAGGGGGAACUAAGGGUUGACCUCAUUACAAUUUACAGCACAUUACACCUGUUUACACAGAGUCCAAUCACUGAAAAGAUGCUUACUUUACAGUGAUAAGACAUUAGGAAGCAAUGAGGAAUGUCUCUCUCAAUACAGCCUUUUUAUGCCAUUAUGAAGAGCUGAACAAUUUGCAAUUGUGAUUUAAUAUACAAGUAUUUUUUAAGUUUCUCAACUUGGGCAUUUUUAACAAACACGGGCAAUAAAUCAUUUUAUAUUAUCACCAACACAUUAUAAGAUGGAUUAAACAUGAAUUGUUCUUUCCUGUAAGCUGGCUAUAAAUGUUAG